ACUGUCUUCCAUGGCAAAUGGGUUAUUGAAGUAAAAAUGUCCAGGAAAAUCCAUGGAGGUUCUGUGGUGGAGAUGCAAGGAGAUGAAAUGACACGAAUCAUUUGGGAAUUGAUUAAGGAAAAACUCAUUCUUCCCUAUGUGGAACUGGAUCUGCAUAGCUAUGAUUUAGGCAUAGAGAAUCGUGAUGCCACCAAUGACCAGGUCACCAAAGAUGCUGCAGAGGCUAUAAAGAAAUACAACGUGGGCGUCAAGUGUGCUACCAUCACCCCCGAUGAGAAGAGGGUUGAAGAAUUCAAGUUGAAACAAAUGUGGAAAUCCCCAAAUGGCACCAUCCGAAACAUUCUGGGUGGCACUGUCUUCAGGGAAGCUAUUAUCUGCAAAAAUAUCCCCCGGCUAGUGACAGGCUGGGUAAAACCCAUCAUCAUUGGCCGACAUGCAUACGGGGACCAAUACAGAGCAACUGAUUUUGUUGUUCCUGGGCCUGGAAAAGUAGAGAUAACCUACACACCAAAAGAUGGAACUCAGAAGGUGACAUACAUGGUACAUGACUUUGAAGAAGGUGGUGGUGUUGCCAUGGGCAUGUACAACCAGGAUAAGUCAAUUGAAGACUUUGCACACAGUUCCUUCCAAAUGGCUCUGUCGAAGGGCUGGCCUUUGUAUCUCAGCACCAAGAACACUAUUCUGAAGAAGUAUGAUGGGCGUUUCAAAGACAUCUUCCAGGAGAUCUAUGACAAGAAAUACAAGUCCCAGUUUGAAGCUCAGAAGAUCUGGUAUGAACACAGGCUCAUAGAUGACAUGGUGGCCCAAGCUAUGAAGUCCGAGGGAGGCUUCAUCUGGGCCUGUAAGAACUAUGAUGGGGAUGUGCAGUCAGACUCAGUCGCCCAAGGUUAUGGCUCCCUUGGCAUGAUGACCAGUGUGCUGAUUUGUCCAGAUGGUAAGACGGUAGAAGCAGAGGCUGCCCAUGGCACUGUCACACGUCACUACCGCAUGUACCAGAAAGGGCAAGAGACGUCCACCAACCCCAUUGCUUCCAUUUUUGCCUGGUCCCGAGGGUUAGCCCACAGAGCAAAGCUUGAUAACAAUACUGAGCUCAGCUUCUUCGCAAAGGCUUUGGAAGACGUCUGCAUUGAGACCAUUGAGGCUGGCUUUAUGACUAAGGACUUGGCUGCUUGCAUUAAAGGCUUACCCAAUGUACAACGUUCUGACUACUUGAAUACAUUUGAGUUUAUGGACAAACUUGGAGAAAACUUGAAGGCCAAAUUAGCUCAGGCCAAACUGUUUGGAAGUUUAGGAGGGAGAAACAGUGUGGAACAGAACAAUGGCUUUGGACUGGGUGAUCUCUUCACCCCUCUUGCUCUCAAAGAUACUGGGAGUCACUCAAAUGAGUGCCACUACAUUGCCCAAGCCCAGCAUCUGGCCAAGAGCCAGUUAAUGUCUAAAACAACUAUCAGAUGGCAGCUGCUGACUAAUGUGUCCACAGGCUAA